UUUUUGGUGCAAAAUUUGGUACAAGAUUUGAUAUUAAAAUGGAUUCAUAAUAGCAAUAGAUAAAUAUACUUUUAUAGCCAAAUUUUAUAAAGAUUUGAUAUUAAUUUAGUGCUAUGUAACCAAAUUUUUUACUAGGAAAUUAUAAAAUGAGCAGAAUAAAAUUCAAAAUAUUUGAUGGAUUUAUGAACACUUUCAUUCAUUUUAACCUAUUUUAUGCAUUAUUUAAAACAAUGAAUAAUUAUCGCGAUCCUUUUGGUUUUACUAAGCAAACAGCCACUCUAUUACGUGGUUUGAAUGCAUCUGAAUUGAUACCAGAAUGUAAAAAAAGAAAUAUAUCAACUGAUGUGUUACAUGAGCUCAGUGUACAAGAACUAAUUAUGUUAGGCCUUAAUUCUAAAAAAGCAGAAGAAUUACAAAAUAUUUUAAAUAUUGAAAAAAGAAGAUCCAAUAUUAUAAUAACAAAUGUUGAAGACAGGAUUGAACAUUAUCUUCAAAUAAUUAAACAUGGAGAACAACAAUUUUCUUUAAUACAAGCUCUUAUAGCAUAUUGCCGAUUAAGAUUGAUAAAAGAAAAAAUUAAUAUUUUUGUUGAUCUUAAUAAAUGUUUGAGUGCUUCUAAUGUAUUACCUAUUUCUAUUGAUGCAACAUUAACAGAAUUAGAAAAAGCAAAGAAAAAUCUUUUUGAACUUGAAGAAUUAAUUUUAAGACUCAGUCGCAAUAAGAUGGACGGUGGAGCGUACGGUGGAGGAAAGGCAGGAGCCCCUUUCGAUCCUAUUGCCUUCAUUCAAAGGCCUCAAGUUAUUUUAAAAGCUAUAUGUUUGCUCUUCGCAAUAAUUGUAUUCGGAUGCAUAAGCAACAAAGGAUACAUAAAAAAGGAAGGCGGAAAAGAGGUAUGUCUCUAUAAUGAAGAUCAUAAUGCUUGCAAUUAUGGAAUAGGAAUUGGAGUACUUGCCUUCCUCGCCAGUAUCGGAUUCCUUGCUGGUGAAUAUCUUUUUGAGCAAAUGUCUUCUGUUAAGACCAGAAAACAUUUUGUCUUACUUGAUUUAGGAUUCUCUGGUUUUUGGGCAUUCCUUUAUUUCAUUGGAUUUUGUUACUUAACCAAUGCUUGGAAUAAGUCAGAAACACCGAAAGAUAAUUAUGGAGUGAACAACGUUCAAAGCGCUAUCGCUUUUUCCUUUUUCUCUAUUUUUACUUGGGCUGCCUGUGCAUGGUUCGCGUUUCAAAGAUUCAAACAAGGAACCGAUGCUGCAUUUGCACCAAGUUAUGAAGCAGAUCCUGUUGGUGGUACAGGAUAUACAAGUUAUCCUGAUGCGACUGAUACUGGUUACCAAGAACCGCCUUUUGGUCAACAACAACAACAACAACAACAACAACAACAACAACAACAACAACAACGGAUGCCCGAUUUUCGAGCUCCAGCCUAUUAACUUUGAAAUAUAAUUUAUCACUAUCGACACAACGUAAAAAAACAAUAGGAAAAGAAGACAGAAGCUCUAUAAAAAUCUAUAAUGAUUGAGCAAUGUCGAUAGAAUAAGUUAUAAUAAUAUAACAUAGUGAAUGAAAGAAAAAAAAAGAUGAGUAAAUAGGAAAAAUAAAAAAAUUAGAAAAGAAAAACAGAAAUGAUACGAAGAGAAAAAAGAAGAGCGAGAAAGAGAAUGUAUAUGUAUGUAAAUACAAGAUAUUAAUAUAUUCGUGAGAUAUAUAUUUUUUGAAGAAUCGAUUUUAAAAAUCAAAAUUUAUAUAAAAAUGUUCGUUGAGAUCAUUUAUUAAGUUUUAAGCAAUUUAAAUUCAUAAUAAAUGAAAUAAGAUAAGAAUAAAAUGUGGUGAUGUAAAGAAGACAGAGCAAUGUCAUUGUCUUUUCAUCUCACUUCAUUGUACAAACUUCAAUUGCUUAUAAUUUAUGAUAAAAAAAUAUUAGCCGAUUUUUAUAUACUAACUUUUGUGUUCAUUUUGGUCUUUAAAAUUGAUUCUCGAAUAUUUUACUUCUGUUGAAUAUAUUACUUGUGACAAUGAAUAUAUUAACAUCCUGUAUAUAAGUAUAUAUGUAUACAUGUAUGAAUAUGAGAAAAAAAAUAAAAAGAAUGUAUGAAUGUGUAGAUGCAAUAACAAAAUGUUACUUGUUAAAACUGUGCUUCUUAUUGCCACUUAUAAAUCUCACAUCUAAAAAUCAGUGGUGCAAAAAAAAAUAUUUAAAAAAAAAAUUGGGUUACUGCCCUUAAAAUAUGCAUAAAAUAUUUAAGAUCAAAAAAUAAAUAAAAGAAUAGAAGAGAGAGAGAGAGAGAGAGAGAGAGAGAGAGAGAGAGAGAGAGAGAGAGAGAGAGAGAGAGAGAAAA